CUUGGGGAGGAUGACAGCGUAGAGGCGGAAAGUGGACUAAGUUCAAUGAGGGCUCUCACUCAGUCAGCACCAUGCUAACUGGGACUUUGAGAGAUGUGACCAGCUCUGCACGGCUGUUGUGACUGUACGCCUGAAGUCCAAACCUUGUGGCAAUCCUAUCCAGUCUGUUUCUGAAUUUGAACCCGCCACCGAACGUUACCGCCGGCCCGCGACCUCUAGGCUCCGUGCGUUGGGAGGAAAGUUUGGUAUUUGCUGGUUCUUGGACCAUACUUCGGGCGAUGAGUGAAAGGAGGCGAUCAGCAGCUGCCCUCAGUUCAAGGGCUCACGCCUUCUCGGUGGAAGCACUGAUCGGGACAAAUAAAAAGAGGAAAAUCCAGGAAUGGGGCGAGAAGACAAUGGAACUGAGUGUGGACAGUAUAAGCCCGGACUCGGAGCACGCAGACAACGUGGAUUCAAGCCAGUGUAUGGAGAUCAACUCCGAGUCCCAGCUGAGCUCGGAUCAAGAGCAGAGCCCAGGAGCAGACAGCGAGAGCCCAACCCAACACACUGCUUGUUCCUACAGUUCUCCUGCCGAACUCACUCCCAACUCCACCACGUCUCUUCCAACCUCUUCCAUGGAUGAGAUUCAGAUGGAAUUGCAAUGUGUUGAUCUUUGGAAAAGAUUUCAUGACAUUGGCACUGAAAUGAUUAUUACCAAAGCUGGAAGGCGAAUGUUCCCAGCAAUUAGAGUGAAGAUCACAGGGCUGGAUCCUCACCAACAAUACUAUAUAGCAAUGGAUAUCAUUCCUGUUGACAACAAGAGAUACCGAUAUGUUUAUCACAGUUCAAAGUGGAUGGUUGCUGGGAAUGCAGAUUCGCCAGUGCCUGCUCGAGUCUACAUCCAUCCAGAUUCUCUAGCUUCUGGGGACACAUGGAUGCGACAAGUCAUCAGCUUUGAUAAACUCAAACUUACAAACAAUGAGUUGGAUGAUCAAGGGCAUAUAAUUCUUCAUUCCAUGCACAAGUACCAGCCGCGGGUGCAUGUGAUCCGAAAAGACUUCAGCAGCGAGCUGUGCCCGACUAAGCCAGUGCCUGCAGGAGAAGGGGUGAAAACCUUCACUUUCCCGGAGACCGUCUUCACCACAGUCACAGCAUAUCAGAACCAGCAGAUUACAAGGCUGAAGAUCGACAGAAACCCGUUUGCCAAAGGAUUCCGAGACUCGGGCAGAAACAGAACUGGUUUGGAGGCCAUCAUGGAGACAUAUGCCUUCUGGAGACCUCCUGUUCGGACCCUCACAUUUGAGGAUUUUACCAACAUGCAAAAGCAACAAGGAGGUAGUACAGGAACAUCACCAACAACAUCUAGCCCAGGAACUCCAUCCCCUUCAGCAUCUUCCCAUCUACUGUCUCCAUCCUGCUCCCCGCCUACUUUCCACCUGGCCCCAAACACCUUUAAUGUUGGCUGCAGGGAGAGUCAAUUCUGCAAUCUCAACCUCUCUGAAUACCCAGCCUGUGCCCGAGGCAACAUGGCUACCUUGCAGAGUUAUCCUGCUCUAGCUGAGGGUGGAUACAAUCGACUACAAGGUCCUAGCGCUUCUUCUCAACCGCCAACAGAAACGUUUGUUCCACAGAAGACACCUUCGCUAAUCUCUGCAGUACCCACCCCUUCUUCAUUACAAGGCAAUAACAAGAUGGAUGCUUACAGCAGUCAACUGCCACCAUUUACUGCUUCCCAGUUUCAGUACGUCAUGCAAACAGGAAGUCCUAACUCUAACACCUCUUCAUCUCACAUGUUUAGUGGUAGUCAUGUCCAACAGAGUUCCUACAAUGCUUUCUCUUUACACAAUCCAUAUAACCUUUAUGGUUACAACUUUGCUGCCUCCCCUAGACUGGCAGCCGGCCCUGAGAAACUUAAUGCCUCCCAAAGCACUUUACUCUGCUCCUCCUCUCCCAAUGGGGCCUUCAGCGAGAGACAGUUCUUGUCCACGGGAAUGGAUGGGAUGCAUGUGAUUGGCUCCACUCCUUCCCAGCAGCCUCAGAAUACUUGUGACACUAGACAAUAUGGGACUAUCCCAGGGAGUUCUUCUCAAAUGUCAGUGCAUAUGGUAUAAGAAGAAUAUUUAACAACGAAGUCUGUACCUGAGUUGUCCAUACACACACAGCACUAUGCACUAGGGCCUCCACAUUGGGUUAAUUUCAAUACUAGCAAAAAUAGCAAAAUUGUCUCCAAAUAUUAAUCUUCUUAAUUAAGUCAAAAUCCUACAAGGCCCCAUAACACUUCAAAACUAAUGAUAUUGGGAGAAACAAACCUGAGUGAAACUAUAUUGAGUGCAGAAAAUAUAAAUGUAAUUAGGUCUCCAUUCGUUGUCUAGAAUUUUUUUAUUCGCCAUCUUACACAGCUUCUAAUGCAUAAUUCUGCUUCUAUAAGCAACUUGAUUCCCCAAAACUGGACAAAUACCUGUCCCUUGCAGAAACACAUGUGAUUUGCACUGAAGCAUAUUGAAAUAUGUACUGACAAAGUAUGUUGUCUAGUUUUGAGGAAAAACUGCUCCACUUUCUCAAUACUCAGAAGUGUUAUGUCUCAUUUAGGAUUGUUCCUGUAUUCCAUAUUGUUGUGUCCGGAACUGUCCAAUCAGAAAGUUGUAUUGUAGCAUUUUUAAAAUGGCCCAUUCCAAUGUCACUUUGUGUUUGGCCCUUAACAGAAGAUCUUUGUUUUAAGUUUCUAAGAAACAAGCUCAUUUGUCUUUUUGUUUUCCUCUUCUUUUGCAAUUUUGCAAAACUGUAGUGUUGACAAGUUCAAUACCUGACUUAAACAAAGUGUAGAAAAUACAGUGUAUGUAUUUGAACUCACUGUGAAGAAAAUGCGAACAUUUCUAAUUGAUGCUGGAUAAAGCUAUUAAUAGUGAAACUUGGUUACUUCUAAAAUGCUCGUUUUAACUGACUGUGCACUCAUAAGAAUGGGAGACAAUGUUGUGCAAAGAACAAAAGCGUUUAACUAAUCCUAUUAGAUUAUUAGUCUACAAGGUUGUUCCAUUGGACUUCUUAGUUUGGAUGUGCCACAUGAAAUAGCAGAAAGGCACACAAAAUUUACUCCAUCUCUGGCUCUUAGCACAACAUAGCUUCACCAAAAGAAGAAUAAGCACUUAUUAAGAUGGUCACAGAACUUGGUGAAUUACCUGCAAGGAAACUAUUGACUCUUUUGUGCUAAGCGUUUGGAUCUGCUAAUCUAAUAAUGGGAACUUCUUCCAGUUCAAAUACAUGUGCUUGCGAAGAAGCAAUCUUCUGUAUAUGGAUCUGUAAAUCAAAUUAAAAAUGUAUCGGGAAUGAAA